UAGUGCCCCCAUAGUGCCCCCAAGGUGUCCCUGGGGUGACUCCAAAGUGUCCCCAAAGUGUUCCUGAGGUGACCCCAAAGUGUCCCCAGGGAGUCCCCAGAUUGUCACCAGUGUCCCCAGAGUUUCCCCAAAGUGUCCCCAAGGAGACCCCAGAGUGUCCCCAAGAUGUCCCCAAGGUGUUCCCAUAGCAUCCCUAAAGUGUCCCCUAAAUGUGUGGAGCUGAGCCUGUCCUGGGCUCCACCUAAAUAUGUGGGGCUGAGUCCUGGUGCCCCACAACGCACAGUGCUGAGCUGCGUCCCUGUGGGGCUGUGUCACCUUGGGGCCGUGGGGCCAAGCCCUGGCCAUGCGCUCCCCGGGCCCCCCCUACAUUCCCCCCUCCUGUUGCCAUUCCCUAAGGCGCGGGAUCCGGCCGCACCUUCCGGGGAUCGGCAUAGGGCCAACGGCUCUAUGGGGCCGCCCCCUGCCUGGCCCUCCCUAUAAAUCUCCUCCGCCAUCCGUCCAACCGUCCAUUCGUCCAUCUAACCGUUCGUUCGUCCGUCUGUCCAUCUGUCUGUCCAUCUGUCUGUCCGUCCCUCUGUCGGCAUGAGCUUUUCCCGCAGCACCACUUUCUCCACCUCAUCCCGCUCCGGGAGCAUCCGUCGCCUUGUGCCCCAUAGCAGCGCCGCCAGCGUCUACGCCGGGGCUGGGGGGUCGGGGUCACGCAUCUCUGUCACCCGCACCUCCAGCACCUAUGGCGGCAACUAUGGGGCUGGCUAUGGGGCAGGGUAUGGAGGCGGAUAUGGGGCAGGCUAUGGGGGCAGCUUGCUACUGUCGGGGUCUGGGGUGGUGCAGAAUGAGAAGGAGACGAUGCAGGACCUGAACGAGCGCUUGGCCACGUACCUGGAGAAGGUGCGCAGCUUGGAGCACGACAACCAGCGCCUGGAGGCACAGAUCCGGGAGAGCCUGGCCAAGAGGGGGCCCAGCACCCGCGACUGGGGGCACUACUGGGACACCAUCCAGCAGCUGCGCGACAAGAUCUAUGACUGCGCUGUGGAGAACGCCCGCACUGUGCUGCAGAUUGACAACGCACGGCUGGCGGCCGACGACUUCAGGGUGAAGAGAUGAACGCGCUGCAGGGCCAGGUGGCCGCCGCAGGGCUGACGGUGGAGGUGGACGCGCCGCAGGCGCAGGACCUGGGCCAGGCGCUGGCAGAGCUCCGGGCGCAGUAUGACGCUUUGGCCAAGAAGAACCUGGAGGAGCUGGAGAAGCAGUGGGGGCAGCAGAUCACAGAGACCACACUGGAGGUGACGCAGAGCACAAAGGAGGUGGACACGGCGCGGAGCCGACUGCUGGAGCUGCGCCGCUCGGUGCAGAGCCUGGAGAUUGACUUGGACGCCCUGCGUAGCCAGAACGCGGGGCUGGAGGGCAGCCUGGCGGAGACAGAGGCGCGAUACGGGGCACAGCUGGAGCAGCUGCAGGGCCUGAUCCUGCGCGGGGAGGAGGAGCUGGCGCAGGUGCGGGGGGAACUGCAGCGGCAGAACCGGGAGCACUGCGCACUGCAGGACGCCAAGAACAAGCUGGAGGCUGAGAUCGCCACGUACCGUGGACUGCUCGAGGGAGGAGAGGGGUUCAGCCUGCAGGACGCGCUUGGGCCGGAGGGGACGGUCACCACGCAGCGCAGCACCCAGAGGACGGUGGACGGCAAAGUGGUGUCCGAGACCAAAGAGAUCAAAGUGCGCAGCUACUGAGGGGGGGCGGCACGGUGCCAACCCCCGCCCCACAAAUAAAGGAGCAAAGUGACAGA